GUUUUUCAUGAUAUCAUGACGUUGCUCAACAAAACAUUUUUUUGUUUAAAACAAAAAGUAUCACAAACAAGAACCAUCUAUUAAUUACACCUUUGUUUAGGAUAAUUGUUUUCAAGGUAUUAUGUUACUUAUGAUGCAUUUUGUUAUUUUAUGCAGUUAAUCUUAUCAAAGGGAUAUGCAAACAUGAAGAUGUUCAAAUACUUGUUUCAUAGAACAAAGCAAGUUUAUUCUGAUCCAAUGAAAACAAAGACUGUUAAAGUACUGGUGAUGGGAAAAAGUGGAGUUGGAAAAACGUCUGUAAUUAGAAAGUUGUGUGAUUGUGAGGAUUUACUGCAAAAUAAUGCUCCUACGUGUUACGAUGUUUAUCAAAAAGAUCUUUUGAUAGAUGAAUAUAAUGUGACAAUUCAGUUUAUGGAUUUAGGAGGCUUACAUGCUUUUCCUUCAAUGCAAGAUGUUUUUAUUAGACAAGCAGAUAUUUUUUUAUUAGUUUACUCUGCUGAUGAUCCUGAUAGCUUCAACAAAAUGGUUGAUUUACGAAAACUUAUUGUCAAUGUAAAAAAUAAACAUUCAACUGAACUGCCAAUAAUUGUUGUUCGAAAUAAAUGUGAUUUAAAGAAAACACAAUCAAAAAAAGAACACAUGCGAAAAAAGUCUGUUCAUCAAUGGUGUUACUUAGUCCAUGAUGUUUCUGCAAAAACCUGUCUUAAAAUUAAUGCUAUUAUGGACAGUUUAAUAGAAGAAUCAAAAUUUAUUGGUAAUUCUGAUGACUUGGGAAGUGCUCAAUAUAGUGGUAAGUAUGUUUACAACGAAAAACUUAAUGAUGUUGAAAAGAAGAUUCAGUACCAUAAGCCACCGAGUUUGUUUCAUAAUUAUGAUAAUUCUGAUGAGAAGAUGGAGAAACGGAGGCGUAAAAUUGCUAGACUUGAACAACGGAAAUCACCAUCUUUAAAUAGGUUUAACAAUAUUAUAAGAUCUUCAUUUCGAAAAUUAAAACGCAAUACUAGCUUACACAGCAUCAAAUCUGAGAAUUUGUAUUCAGAAAAUCAUAAUGAUUUUUUAGCACCAUCACAUUUAAAUGAUUCGAAAGAAUCAUCCAGGAAAUCAUCGAAAUCAGAUAUUUACAGUAAAGAUACUUAUGGCAGCAGAGUAAUAUCGCCAACAUUAAAAAAAACUGAGUUUUUUCAAGAGGGAGGAUCCAUUCCUGAUCCAGUUUUUCUAGACCAAUCCUUAAAUAUAAGAAAAAAAAGUUUAAGUUCCAAUGAUUUAGUCUUAGGCACAUUAGACACAUUUCAAGAAAAACAUAAACUAUUAACUUCUCAAAGUGUCAUAGAAUCAGAACAAUUUCUAAAGCCAGCCUUGCGUGCAAGAUGUCAAACAGAAUUUCAAAAAAAAGCUAAACCUUCAAAACUUGAUAUUGUCCAUACAACAUUGCGUACUGAUGUUGUGCCAGAGAAUUAUCAGGUGCCUAUAUAUUCUCGUUCAAUGUCUAUUAAACAACCAAAAUCCUCUGUUGUUGUAAAAGAUUCUAUUGAAGAAGAGGAUCCAAGUAAAAUUUAUCCAGUACCACAAUGGAGAGGUUCUAAUCGUCAUUCUUUAAUUAGUAAUAAAUUAGAUAUAAGUACUCCCACAGGGGAUAAAUCAGUUGACUCCGAAAGCAGUCUAUAUAGUUUGACAUAUAACUUGUAUAGUCGUAGAAAGAGUGUAAGUGUUGGAGAUAUUGCAUCUUUAGGAGCUUUAAGCCAAAAAAAGUUAAUUCAAACUGAUGACCAAAAGUCUCCUAAUACCAAUUCAGAAGAAUCUGUUACUUCAAAAUUUACAUUAAAGAAAAAAUCUAUAGCAUUUAACUGCAAUGAAAAACGAAAAGAGUCUCAAAAUAAAAAAAUGUCUUUGCAACCUCAACAUUUUAAGCGCAAUAACUCAGACGUUUAUGAAAAAGACUAUAGUUGUUUCACAGAAGAAUCAAAAAACAUAAAAAGCAAUAGCUGGAACAAUUUACUUCCUAUAGAAAGCAAAAGACUAUCAUUUCAAGGAACAGACUAUUUUACAAUUUUUGAAAAAGAGGGUCAAGAAAGUAACCCUUUAAAACCAAGCUGUGAAAAUUUAACAUCGUCAUCUUACGGAAAACAGUAUUUAAAAUCAAUUUCAAUAUUCUGAUUUUCAAGAAGUUUCAGUUUUAUUUAAGUUAUUUUUUGUGUAAUAGUGAUGAAGAAUAAAUAUAAAAUUGAAAACAUUAA